AAAUGCCAUACGAAUCCAUGCACCACCACCACCACCAGUCAUCAGCGCCCAACGGCAUGCUGGAUUCGUUGAGCAUGCAGCUGCGGGAUGCGGAGAUGCGGCGCACCGAAAUUGAGCGCGCACACCAGGAAACAUUGGCACAAAUACGCAAUUUAUCGAGCAGCAGUCGCCCGGACACGGAAGCUGUCGAGAAUUUGCAGUCGCGCGCGCGUGAGCUCGAGAAAAAAGUCGCCUUAGAAAAUGUACGCUGCGAGGAAUUGCAAAUUGAAUUGACUUCCGCGUUGAAGGCGAAGGCUGCGCGUUCUGGUGGCAGCGAUCGUAGCAACUAUGGCGGCAUUGCAGCUUCAAGCGCGAGCGCUUCUUCAGCUGCCGCCACAUCGGGCACUAGUUCCACUGUCACUUGGGCACCGACAAUCAGUCAUCACGACCAAGGCUCUGAAAUCGAUAUCAUUAUGGCGAAAAUCGAACAGGAUAAUCGUGUGUUGGCCGAGUUGGAGCAGCCACGUACAUCAGCCAUGUCAUCGAUGCCAACAAGUUCCAUAUUGAAUACCGCAAAUAGCGAAUUUAAAACCAUAUCAAAAAAUGAACUAGAAGAAGAACUGAAUCGAUAUAAGCGAGCAGUGUUGGGUGGCACAAGCGGCACCGCCGUCGGUAGUUCGGCGCUCACCAGCAGCUAUGGUACCGCAGCCACCACCGGUGCUGGUGGUUUACCUUCAUCGCUUACCUCCACAUUGCCGAAUGGCGCUGGCGCCAUGUCAGCCGCUCUGGCAGGUGGUAGUAGCGGUGUUGGUGGAGGUGGUGGCAGCAGUGUCGGCAGUGGUGGUGGUAGUGGCGGCGGUGGUCCAGGUGGCGGUGGUGGCAUGGGCCUCUCAUCCAUAUCAGCGCUGGUGCCCAACUCCAUUGGCGGCAUCUCGUCGAGUUUUAGCAGUCAUGCCAUACAAUCGAUGAACGCGGCGGCGUCCGCCUAUGGCGCUGGUCCCACGUCCGUUGAGAAACUGCUAAGCGGAACAAGUGGAAUCGCUGGCGGCAUUCCACCAUUGCCGGUAAAUAUUCAUACGAUGAAGUCUAUGCCAUCAGCAUUAAGUCAGAGCACAACUAUGCCCAUCUUGUCGCUGAACGCGCAUAACAUACCGACCGGCACCAGCAGCUACUCGGCCUUGGGGCUAAGUGGUACCGGCGGAGUGCCACCGCUUGGUUCGUCGCUGACUCAUCCCACCUUGGGCAAUAUGCUCGAUACGAGCACCUUAUUGGGCACUACCGGCUUGUCGGGUCUGAGUGGUGUGACGGGCGCGUCCUCCUUGUACGGAUUGGGUGCUGGCACCGGCAUUGGCGGUUUGAGUGGUCUGUCAGCUGGAUUGCCCAAUUCAUAUCCCCCACCGUUCAUUGAUGUGGGCUCGAGCGCAUCAUAUCCCUACUCAUCGGCUGCACUGCGUACCGCUACAAAGAUGAAAAUGCUCGACGAAAUCGAUAUACCGUUGACGCGUUAUGGCAAUCGUAGCUCACCAUGCUCGCCGAUACCGCCUAGCACAUGGGGCCUGGAUGAGUUCACGGACAGCCUGAGUGCAUCAAUGUUGCACAAUCGUGGCAAUUUGGCUUUGGGCGCCUUGGAUUUAGAAACGCGGAAUCACAACUUAAAUGGCGUGAGUGAACCACAGGUGGACAUGUUGGACAUACCUGGAAAGGGACGAUGCUGUGUCUUCAUAGCGCGCUUUCCCUACGAUCCACCAGAGGAAGCUGAAGGUGAGCUAUCACUAUGCGCCGGCGAUUAUUUACUCGUAUGGACUAGCGGCGAACCACAAGGCGGUUACUUGGAUGCUGAAUUGUUGGAUGGUAGGCGUGGUCUAGUGCCUGCGUCCUUUGUGCAGCGUUUAAUAGGUGACGAUCUCUUGGAAUUCCAUCAGGCAGUUCUAUCGACACUCCGCGACGCCGAGGAUGGUUCUAUGCAAUGUGAUACCACAUCGUUGCCAUCGCUGCCGCCACACAAUCCUUUGCUCACACACACCCAGGAGGACUUGGCGCGAUUGAGUGAGACGCACACCGAUUUGGAGCACGAUCAGGAUGAUAUCAGUGAUAAUGUCCUAAUUAAUUCACUUUUAGAUAAUGUGCGCAGCGCUGUUGGCCGACGGGGACCUCAACAAAUGGGCAUGGGUCCACAACAAAUGCAACCUGGACAACAUGGCAUGCCCGGUCAAAUGGGUAUGCCAGGCCAACCACAUCAGCAGCAGCAACAGCAUAUGAUGGGCCAAGAUCCACAUCAGUACGAUCCAAAUCAGCCAAUGCAACCGGGACAACAACAACAACAACCCGGACAGCAACAGCCAGGGCAACCGGGACAACAGGGCUACCAACCUGGAACAGGUCCACGCCCAAUGAUGCAAGGCCGACCUACCGGUCCACAAAUGAUGGGCGGACAGCAGCCAGGCCAGCAGCCGUACGAUUGGCGAUCUUCGACGACGACAACCACUCCGAUCUCCGAUCAUCCAUCCAUCGAUUACUAUGCUGAUCGCCGAUUAAAAAAACAGGGCUACCAACCUGGAACAGGUCCACGCCCAAUGAUGCAAGGCCGACCUACCGGUCCACAAAUGAUGGGCGGACAGCAGCCAGGCCAGCAGCCGUACGGUCCACAAGGUCAAAUGGGCGCACAACGUUUUCCCGGCCAGCGAGGGCCAGCGCCGGGUCAAAUCCAGGGCCAGAUGCAAGGCCAAAUGCCCGGCCAAAUGCAGGGUCAGAUGCAGGGUCAGAUACAGGGCCAGAUGCAAGGUCAGAUGCCCGGUCAAGUUCCGGGUCAAAUGGGCGCUCAAAUGACCCCCGGACAAAUGCAGGGUCAAAUGCAAGGUGCUAUGGGUCCGCGUGGCCCUCUCAAUCCACAACAACAAAUGCAACAACAGGCGCAAAUGGGCAUGGGUCCCGGGCAGCAGCCACUAACCCAACAACAACAACAGCAACAACAUUUGGCGGCACAAAAGAAGCCGCGCUAUUUCGUUGCUAUGUUCGACUAUGAUCCAAGCACAAUGAGUCCUAAUCCAGAUGGAUGCGACGAAGAACUGCCAUUCCAAGAAGGUGAUACAAUUAAGGUUUAUGGCGACAAGGACGCCGAUGGCUUUUACUGGGGUGAAUUGCGCGGUCGUCGCGGUUACGUGCCUCACAAUAUGGUUACCGAGGUGGACGAUGGCACCGGCGGUAUGGGUCCUAUGCCGGGCGGUCCACCGCAGCCUGGUGGCCCGGGUCAAGUGAUGCCCGGCCAGGGUGGUCCACAGCAAAGUAUGCGCAAUGUGAGUCGUGAUCGUUGGGGCGACAUCUAUGCCAAUAUGCCGGUGAAACGCAUGAUCGCACUGUAUGACUACGAUCCGCAAGAGUUGAGUCCGAAUGUGGACGCCGAGCAGGUGGAAUUGAGCUUCAAAACGGGUGAGAUAAUACUCGUUUAUGGUGAUAUGGACGAAGAUGGUUUCUAUAUGGGUGAAUUGGACGGUAUACGGGGUCUUGUACCGUCGAAUUUCCUCGCCGAUGCACCCGAUCAGUACAACAAUCAAAUGGGCCCGGCGGGACGUGGUGGCUUGAGUCAGCGGGGUAGAGGACAAGGCCCCGGCGCUAGAGGGCCACCACCGCCUCCCAGAGAUAAUAUGAUGCCCGGCAUGGCCGGUCAGCGAGGUUCAACCGGCAAACAUGCUCGCCCUGCUUCCCCUACACUGUUAGACAACACGGGCCUCCCUGCCCCCGAUCACCAAACGCAGGGGAUGAUCGGUCGCGGUGGUAAUGUCGGUAUGCAACAGCAACUUCAACAACAACCAUAUGGUCAGCAACAGACGCAACAGCAACAACAACAGCAGCAACAACAAAUGGGUAUGGGUCAGAUGGGGCAACAACAGCAGGGCAUGAUGGGUCAACAACAGCCGAUGGGAGGACAAAUGGGCCAAAUGGGUGCCAUGGGUCAGAUGGGACAGAUGACGCCACAACAACAGCAACAGCAACAGCAACAACAGCAGCAACAACAACAACAACAGCAGCAGCAACAACAACAGCAAAUGGGUAUGAGCGGACAAAUGGGGCAGAUGGGUCAAAUGGGCCAAAUGGGUGCUAUGGGCCAGCAACAACCGCAGCAGCCCGGCAUGAUGGGCCAACAGCAAAUGGGUAUGGGCGGUCCGAUGAGCGGUAUGAUGGGGCAGCAGCAGCAACCGCAACAGCCGCCCGUAACGACGCAGUCCUCUGGCGGUUUAUUCUCCGGGGCGACUAGCCUACUCUCAGGUGCUACUUCGGCUGCCACCGGUGGUCUAUUUGGUUCGAAACAACCACCGAAACAAGAUCCAAUGCAACCACCAGUCGGUGCGCAGCCAAUGCAGCCAGGCCAACAGCAACCGGGCCAACCGCAGCCGGGUCAACCGCCGCAAGGGCAACAGCCACCGCCGCAGGGUCAGGGACCCGGGGCGGGGCUGUUGGGCGGACUGAAGGGCAUUGCAGCGGCGGCGCCAGGCGGCGAUGUACUGUCAAAAGGCAAAGAUCUCUUCGGCAAAUUCGGAUUCGGCUUCGGCAAAUAACCCUGGUCAUUUUGUAGGAACUUUCUAUUUGUAUUGUAUUUAAAUUUGUAUUUAUUAUUAUUACUAAUAUUAACUAAAAGACAAAAACCAAAACGACAACAACAAAAAUCACUAUUAUUAACGCUAAAAUAUUACAAUAAUAGUACAUAUUAUAAAUAUGAUAAUAAAUAUGAUUAUUAUAAAUCAAAUCAAGCAUACGAUGGCAAUAUUGAGUAUGCUAAACUAACGGUACUUAUAUUUUUUAUUACAUAAUAACCAAUGGAGAAUCGCAAGAUGGUGAAUAACGGCGAACAAAAAAUUAAUAUAAAUAUUUAAUAUUUUUUUUUUUUUGUUGAGUAGCGCUAAAGCGGCGAA